AUGAAAGUGUCCCAGUACAAAGGACUCCUGCGGGGCCCCCAAGUGCUCUGGGACUUCUUGGGCACUGGGGGUCUGCAGACCCGGGUGCAGCUGCGGAGGGUCUGGAGGGCGCAGGGCUCCCAGAGUCGUUCUGGGGUUCUGGCCCGCAGCCCGCAGGGAAGGCGCCGGCUGCGCCCCGCCUCUCGGGAGACAAAGACAACAGUGCCAGAAGUCCCUGAGGGCUUCUGUGGGGAAACUGAGGCAGGAGAGGACCUCAGGAGUCAAGGAAGCCGGCCUGGGCCUUCAGCAGUGGCUUCUCAGCCGGCCGCCCCGGAAGCCGGGGACGGUGGCGUCGGUGCUGGCAGCACCAGGCCUCGCCCGGUCGGUCGCGUGCAGCCAUCGCCCCCAGCACGCGUCCUGAUGACGCACAUGGCCGUGGUGGCGUCGCGGCCAGGCCAGGUCAGCUUCUGCCCGCCGCAGCCCUACCGGGAGCCCGAACCAUCGGUGGCUGACCCCCCCUCCUGCCCCCUGGCUCUGGACAUGAGUCUUCGGGACCCCAGCUACAGUAUGACCCCUGCACCCUGCAUAGUGGCCCAGCUGCCACCUGAGGACACGGGCCACCUCCCAGACGGCCAGGGUAGAGACCACGGCUUCUUGCGCACCAAGAUGAAGGUGACCCUGGGGGACAGUCCCAGUGGGGACCUCUUCACCUGUCACCUGUGCCAGAAGGCCUUCACGUACCAGCGCAUGCUGAACCGCCACAUGAAGUGUCACAGUGAGGUGAAGAGGCACCUGUGCACCUACUGCGGCAAGGGCUUCAACGACACCUUCGACCUCAAGAGACACGUCCGCACCCACACUGGCGUGCGCCCCUACAAGUGCAGCCUGUGUGACAAGGCCUUCACGCAACGCUGCUCCCUGGAGUCCCACCUGAAGAAGAUCCACGGCGUGCAGCAGAAGUACGCCUACAAGGAGCGCCGGGCCAAGCUGUACGUGUGCGAGGAGUGCGGCUGCACGUCGGAGAGCCAGGAGGGCCACGUCCUCCACCUGAAGGAGUACCACCCGGACAGCCCGCUGCUGCGCAAGACCUCCAAGAAGGUGGCCGUGGCCCUGCAGAACACCGUCACCUCCCUGCUGCAGAGCGACCGCCACCUGUGAGCGGCCCCGCCUGCCUGCUGCCCUGCCCGG